AUGGAUGCCUUGCAAUUACUUCAUUCAAUUUGCGAUCAAUACAAGGUAUGAUUAGCUUUUUGAAGAGUUUUUUCACCGAGAAAAUCAGACGGAAGCGGAACGGUUUUAUAUGAACUCUCGUCGGCUUUCAGCAAAAUACAGCUUCAAAGAGUUGUCGAAGCGGAUAUUCGAUUCGCUACCUUUGGAUGCUGUGAGUCAUAGAAAAUCGAUGAAUCGGGAGGUUGAGGCUACAGUUUCAUUUGUAACACUGAAAACAAGAUUUUUUUGAUAUCAUAUUUUUUCAUGAAAUUUGUUUGUUUUUGAGUUGGCUUCCACCAACCGAUUCAUCUAAAAGCAGACUAAUCUCGAAAAAUUGAUAUUUUAAGUUUCCUUCUAUUUAUAUCGAAUUGUUUGAUAUGAUUUCUCACAUGGGAUAUGGCGUGAUUCAAGUUGCACGCCAAGAUCACGUCUUUGCAAUGCCCAUUUCAUUGCUUCUGGUCAAUGUUUGCCUCGAUUUUCGAUUUUUUCGAAAUUUUAAUGGCUUAGUUGAUUAUCUCUUACCAACUUCCAACUGCUCACAACGAAUUGGUCCAACCAGAUGUAGGCAGCAAUGAAGGCAAUGAAGACCAAAAGGAUACCAAAUCUCGAAGGAAGCGACGAAGCAACAACAAAAAGCCAAUUGUUCGUUUCCCUCUCAAACUUUCAAGUUUUUUGGCAACCUUUCAGACUCGUAAGGUAAUGAUGGCGCCACGUGUCACCUUCGAUUUGAAUGUCUCUGUCGAGCUCAUGAAGCGUUUUCUACCAGUUAAAAUCAGCGCCGAGGUCGGUUUAUUUUCGUACCAUUUUCAGUGUUUAGCUCACAUUUUGAGUUUCAAUGGAUAAAAUUGGUAAAAUAGGCUUUUUUUGAAAAACUCGCUUGGUGACCUGCUUUAAAUGCCGCACCACUUCGACAGGGUGAAUCAUUUCAUGAGGCGAAUUGAAAAUAAUGAGGGAAAGUUCUAUUCUCCAAAGAUGAACCGAUUUCAGUCGAAACUUUGGAAGCAGAUUCGCUAUGUUUUGGUACCAUCAGGAAAUCAGGCGACUUUAAAAGUUUUGGCGGAAGUCGUUUGUGAUUCCAUCAAAGAGGGUACGAUAAGGUGAUACGGUUGUAGGAUUCUGAAAAAUAAAUUUGUGCGCAGCUUCUCCGCUCUGGUUUUUUGCAUGCAAGACCCUGUGAUUUCUCCGCACAUCGAGAGACCUGACGUCAUUCUUUUUGCCCUGUACAUCGGUCCAUUAUCCGCAAAUACUGUCGAGGUACAUUUUCUUGGUUUUCUAAAAACUAUGGGAGAUCACAGCAAUUUGCAAUGAAUCGAAGCGAAGAGUUUCGUGCAAGAUGCCGUGAAGUACUGCGAAGUGCGGUUCAAGCCCAACGAGAUCCUCUCUCCUUCAAGUUGUUUUUUUCUCAGCUUCACUGACGUUUAAAACUUUGUUUUCAGAGUGGCAACGCCAAACAACUUGUAUCCUGGGCAUUUGGAGCGUCGGUCUUACCGAGAUUUCGCGGCUGACACGACACGGCUGCUUAGAGACUUGAAUGGAGGUGCCUAAUGUCUUAUUUCGGAAUGAAAAGCGAAGGUUUCAAGAGUUCCAAGGCGAGAAGGAAAUCCAUGUUGGCUGGGCCUGUGCCGCGCUUCAAAAGUACGGACGACGAACCUACGUGGAUAUGGUCAGCAGAGCUAUUUUCUUGAAUUUUUUUUUUCGAAACAAAUGGUAGUUUAAAUCAGAACGAGGGGCAAGUUUCCGACUUAUGACUCCUUGAAGUUGAUCUUCAAUAAUAUAAAAUAAGCUCGUUCAAUGUAUGGACACUCAACGCUUUGAAAGCGGGACAAUCAAAUGUCCACCUUUGAACUUUGAGUUUAAAAAAUCAUAUUUUGGCUUUAGGUCUCUUAAAUUCAUGUUUCAUGUACCAAACAAUUAAUAAUUGUGUGCUGGAUAUUCCUUGAAAAACAUUGCUCUCAAAAAACCUCAAGGAAAUGCUCAAAUUAAGGAAAACUUUAACUUUAAGGUGUAAAACAGAGAAGAUUUCGUUUUACAUGAUCAUUUCUAUCGAAAUCUAAAAAAAGUGUUUUUUUUUUCUUGAAAAUAAGUUCUUCCUGUAUUAGAGGACUAGGAGUAAAUAAUGAAUCAUUCAGACGUGGCAACAUGAAAAUUUCUACGACCUCAUUUGGACAAUACUAGCCCAGAGACCGUCAUUGAAGAGGUUCGAUAUCCUUAUUUCUUCACAGCAGCUUCAGGAACUUAGAGGUGUAUGAAAGAGUGCUUUUUUAAAAUUUGAUCCGUGGCGCUCGAAAGGACGGUCUUAUUGUCAGAUAAAAAUAAUCAAUUUUUUUUAUUAAAAUAUUUUUCUUGACUUCUGGAUUCAGAUACGUUUGCGAUUUGCUCGAAAAAAAAUUCAAUGACCUCGCAGCGGCAAAUUUUUGGCGCCGAAUGCGUCCUCAUCAAAUGGAUUUCAUCAAGAUCCACAACAAGUUCCCCUCAUCAUCUUUUCGAUGUAUUUGAAAUUCCAAUUUUCAGAAACAUCGCUAUGAUAAACCCUUUGGACGACUGUGAUGGCUUCUUGAAUUUUCCGAAAGAAGUGCAGGUUUCGACCUCCGCUGUUGUUGACAACUAAAUCUGGAACAACGCAGAAAAUCGAAAUGGUUUCAACCGACUCCGAUUUGGAAAGACUUCAUCAUUUGAUUGUGACGCGGGCUGAAUCGGAAAAUACGCUUCUAGUGGGGCUUGAUGCCGAAUGGAGCUCAUAUGUUUCUUAUAGCAGGUUUAGCUAUAUUUUUUGUGAUCGAAAUUAUUUUUGAUUCAUUCAGCAUGAUUUAAGAUUUUUUUUUCAACUGUUUUUUUGAGUAAAAAGAAAUUACAGUGCUUCUAUUUUGCAAAUGGCUCUCCGAGAUAGCGUCUUCAUCAUCGAUAUAGAGUCUCGAUUUAUUUCGCAUACCAACUUGAAGUAUUUCCUCACGAUGCUUUUCGAGAACAAAAACAUUUUGAAAAUUGGUAAGGUGAAAAGGAGUAUUUAAAGUAUUUUGAUGUUCAAGGUUUUCAAUUCGGCGAGGAUUUGCACCAACUGAGAUGCGCAUUGCGUUCGUGUCCAGUUUUGUAUCACCCGGAACGGGUCGUUUGCAUAGGGCGAAUCAUCACUGAGGUCUCUUCCGAUUAGAGUUUUCUAUAUUUGACUUGUCUCAGUUGCUCGAAAAACUGGAAACUGAAGAUGUUGUGCUGCGCCAGAAGCUUUUGCCGUUCAUGGAUGUCGAUCUGAAGGGUGUCGAAGUUGCUGCCCGUGAUGUUGCUACGGAAAACGUUCUGGAGGGCGAAGGUAAACGCAAAUUUCUUCUCAAAGUUGAUAAAGCUUAAAGAUUGUUUCUAGGUGUAGACCUUGAUCUCAGCAUUUUGUCAGAAGACGCGGAAGAAUCGAAAGAAGACGGUGAAAACAAUUCAAAGGUCAGGUUUCACUGAAAACUUCAGGCGGAAAUUGGAAGAAGUUAUACAUGCGUAAAGACAAAUAUGAACUACUCGGCUAUGUUCGAAUUUUCCACAUCUUAAUUCAAUAUUUAAAAGAAAUAAAUUGAAAUUUAAGGGUCCAAGUAACGAUCUUCCACAGCCGUUUAUGAACAAAGGCUUAGCGGUUAUUUGCGAGAAAAUGCUGGGAAAGCCACUCGACAAAACGGAGCAGUGCUCUGUUUGGAAUCGUCGACCUUUACGCCCGUUGCAAGUGAAUAAUCUGUCGUUUCUGGAUUAUCCGUAGAGCGGAUUCCAACCGUAGCAAUCACAUGUUGUGGAUAUUUUGUCUGCAUCAGUUCAAGUGUGCGAUGUGAGCAUCGAAGAUAUUUUUCAAAAUUCGGUCGUAGGUAGUCACAGGUAUGAGUAUUCAAAAACACGAAGAAUUAUCUGCUAUGCGCCAUAGGGUACUGGGAGAUAGCUUGUCGAAAAUUUAUAGAAAAAGCUCAAAAACAAAUUAUCUUCAAGUUUUUGUGGAAAAAGUUUCUUUCUCGUGUUUCUUAUGAUAUAGUGAAUAACAUUAGACGUUUUAAAAAUUGAAAAACCGGAGAAAACUAGUUUUUGAGCUUGUCCUGACAUUUUCGACGGGCUCAAUCUCAGUGCCCCAUAGCACUUAGCAGACGUUUCUUUUUAUUUUCGAAUACUCAUACCUAAAACUAUCUACCACAGAAGUUUGCACCUGAUCUGCAAUGCUCACCUCCCACACUUUCCUUUUCAGCUGAUUUUUUGUCAUAGCUAUCAUGUCCAACUGCAGUUGCUCCGAAUUCCAAUUCCGAAUUGAUUUCCCAGAUGAGGUACGCGGCGAUGGAUGCCUACUGCAUGCUGAUGUUGUUCGACGAGUGCGAGAGACUGGCUCGUGGACUAAAAGUCGACUUCUGCGCUUUGAUCGACAAGCAGCCGCCCAUUCGAGUUUCCUUGCCACUUUUGAGUGGCGGACCGCUGUGA